ACCGGGACUUUACUUUAACGUUUAGGCUACGUCAGGAUGGCUAAUCUGUACGCGUACGGAUCACGGUCAGAUCGACUUCAGGAGGAGUUCUCGAGAUUCGAGGAAGAAAUUGGUAGUUCGUAUGGCAGACAACCAGCAGGUGGUAUGGCAGCUCAUCUUGCAGGUAUGCCAAUGGCCCGUCCUCCUGGCCUUCCACCUGCUCUGCCAGUCAUGCCGAUGACAGUUGUUGGGGCAUCGGGUGUUGCUCACAGCAUGCACGCUUCCAUUCCGGCCAACGCCAUCACAGACGAAGAACAGAGACAGUGGCAGGCAAACUACAGCGAAGGAGUCGAGAAACAGAAGAAGAAAAACAAGAAGGCGUUGAGGUCGUCCGGUGGUCAAGUGUGGAGUGACCCAAGCCUUCUAGAGUGGGACAUCAAUGAUUUUCGGCUGUUUUGUGGUGAUCUAGGAAAUGAGGUGAACGACGAGGGUUUAGCUCGAGCGUUUAGUCACUAUCCUUCGUUUCAAAAGGCAAGAGUAAUUCGCGACAAGCGAACUCGUAAGACUCGUGGUUAUGGUUUCGUGAGCUUUAAGGACGGACAUGAUUAUCUAAAAGCCAUGAAGGAAAUGGAUGGCAAGUAUAUCGGCAAUCGGCCGGUGAAGCUACGCAAGAGCACGUGGAAAGAUAGGAAUAUAGACAUCGUGAGGAAGAGAAUGAAGGAAAAGAAGAAAUUAGGUUACAAGGUGUAGGAAUGGAGAGAGUCUGACGAUGUGUACAAGAACAGUGUGGAUUGUUGAAGAUUGGGUGAUUAGAUGGAUGUUUAAUAGGACGAGCUUAUUCGCUGCUCUGUGUGCUAAAGUGCGUAUAUAGUCGCUAGUCACACUGCUUGUCAAUAAUAAUUAUUGCUUGCAACAGAACGCAAGCCACA